AUGGAGUUGAGGCAUUUCAGCCACAAUCACGGCAUGGUUUUCCAUCAGGUUGUUCAAGGAUCUGAAAUUCACUGCUCCGGCUGCAAAUCUGCCGGCUCAGGCAACGUCUACGUUUGCUGGCAGUGCAGUUACUUCCUCCACGAACACUUGAAUGCCACCCGCGCCAUAAAUCCGGCACCACCACCGCAGCCUACAGAGCCGAUUUAUAGCACCGUAGUGAACGGGACACCGGCCACAAAUCCGCCGCAGCCUACAGAACCGAUUUAUAGUACUGUUGUGAACGCCACCCCCGCCACAAAUCCGCCGCCACCACCGCAGCCUACAGAGCCGAUUUAUAGUACUGCUGUGAAUGCCACCCCCGCCACAAAUCCGCCGCCACCACCGCAGCCUGAAGGGCCGAUUUAUAGUAUUGCUGUGAAUGCCACCCCCGCCACAAAUCCGCCGCCACCUCAGCCCACCAAGCCUGAACUGAACCCGGCACCAACCUUGUUCAAGCAUUUUAGCCACCCGCAUGUGCUUAACGGGAUGGAAAUCGAAACGGAGAACGCCAAAGUUUGCUCCGCUUGCGAGAUUGAAUUGACCGGCGCCGCCUACUGCUGCACCGAGUCCCAGUGCAGUUUCAACCUUCACAAAACGUGCUUCGACGCCCCCCGCGAGUUCCCCCACAAGUCCCACCUCGAGCACCCGCUCACCUUGGUGACAGAGCCGCCGUACAGCGAGGGGUUCACGUGCAACGCGUGCAUGGAGGAGGGCAAGGCAUUCGCCUACACGUGCGCCACUUGCUCGUACGAUCUGCACAUAAACUGCGUUCAAUGGCCGGAGAAGGUUACCUUUUCGGACCACAAGCACCCUUUGACCCUGUACUACUCAUCGUCGUCGGCGGUGGGUUCGGCGAAUCAGGAGGUGACUUGCACGUGCGAUGUUUGUAUGAACCCGGUGGACGAUUCGGCGUGGGUGUACUUUUGUCGUGAGUGCAAUUUUGUGAGCCAUCUGGACUGUGUGACUUCGACAUUGAAGCAACACGGCAGCAGCGGCGACGAUGGUGCGAAAAGUCAAGAGGUACGGAUCACGGAAGCUGAUGAGAUCAACAUUGCUGUUCUUUAA